ACUACGUUUAUCAAUCGUAGUCGUUUCCAAAACAAAACCACGUUUAAUACGUUAAAAUGUAUUAAAUGUUUUUAUUUCGUUAUGUUUUGAAAAGUUUUUUUAUGGUUCUUAAAACACAUCUGUCGUCUUUAAAGAUCAAUUAAGAUUUAUCAUGGAGUACGUUCCAAAUGAAGCAUGUGUAAAAAAUGUUGGGAAAAUACUUUGUUGUCAAUGUGGAGUUGCUAUCGACCCCAACCCUGCUAAUAUGUGUAUUCCUUGUAUCAGAAGUCGUGUUGACAUUACUGAAGGCAUUGCAAAGCAAGUUGUGAUCUACUUUUGUAAAGGUUGUAGCAGGUAUUUGCAACCACCAGCUCAGUGGCUUUCCUGUGCUUUAGAAUCCAGAGAACUUUUAGCAUUUUGCCUGAAAAAACUUAAAGGUUUAAACCAGGUAAAUUUAGUGGAUGCAACUUUCGUGUGGACGGAACCUCAUUCAAAGCGUAUCAAAGUAAAAUUAACAGUUCAGAAGGAGGUAUUUGGUGGAGCCAUUUUACAACAAGUGUUUAUAGUAGAGUAUGUUGUCAACGGACAAAUGUGUGAUGAUUGUCACAAGAGUGAAUCCAAGCAUUUUUGGAAAGCUAUUGUACAGUUAAGGCAAAGAGUUCAACACAAGAAAACUUUUUUCUAUUUGGAGCAACUUAUUAUAAAAUACAACAUGCAUAUGAAUUGCCUAAACAUCAAAACAACCAAUGAUGGUUUAGAUUUUUUUUUCGCAAAAAGAGAUGAUGCACGAAAAAUGGUUGAAUUUUUUGCUACUGUUGUUCCUUGCAAAUAUAUUACAUCACAGCAGCUGAUAUCUCAUGACACUCACAAUAAUACAUAUGACUAUAAAUAUACUUUUUCUGUGGAGAUUGUGCCCAUAUGCAAGAACGAUGUUGUAUGUUUACCAUUGACUUUAGCACGUAAUUUAGGAAGCAUUGGACAAAUUUGUGUUUGCUAUCGUGUGACAAAUUCCAUAUAUUUGAUUGACCCUUCUACACUUCAGACUGCAGAAGUUUCAAAUCAACAGUACUGGCGAGCACCUUUCCAAGCAAUCGGAAAUAUGAAACAUUUUACUGAAUAUGCAGUUAUGAAUACAGAACUUAUAUCUGACAAAGAACGAAAAUCGUUUGCUGGCCAAGGGCAAAUAUCUCACAAGCAUGUUUUGUCUGAUGCUUGGGUUGUACGAUCUUCUGAAUUGGGAAUGACUGAUAAUCUAAUCCACACUCGUACGCAUUUAGGACAUCUUCUAAAACCUGGUGACUUAGUCAUGGGGCUUGAGUUAUCAACUAUCAACAUAAAUAAUGCUGUUUACAACAAAAUGAACAAAGAAAAUCUGCCAGAUGUGAUUUUAGUGAAAAAAAUAUAUGAAGACAGAGCAACUCGUCAUCGCAAGAGAAAAUGGAAACUGAAACACUUAGACAUCGAAGCUGAAACUGAAACAAGUAGUGUCCAGAGAGAUUAUGAUGAUUUCUUAGAAGAUUUGGAAGAGGAUCCAGAUUAUCGGAAGGAUGUUAAAAUAUUCAAAGAUCAUGCUAAAAUUGCUGUUGAUUCAGAUGACACAGUAGAAACAGAUUUUCAGAUAUCUUUGCAAGACAUGCUUGAUGAGUUGAAUCUGGAUGAAGAUGCAACUGGAGAAGAAGGAGGACCUAUGUUGGAAUAAAAUAUUAUUC